AUGGCAAACAAUAGCAAGGAUUCGGAAUCUAGCUUUUUACUGGAUGGACAACUUGGUGACCUAGAAAUUUCACUGCCUACAAAGGCCUUUUCUGAGAAGACUGAUGCUUUAAAGGGAUAUUUUCAUUAUCCAAGCUUUUCAGUUCGUUUAUCACUCCUUUUCUUGGGUUGGUAUUUUCUAAAUGCAUGGUACGUUGUUGAAAACAAGGUGAUACUUUUGAAGCUUCCGUUGCCAUGGACAUUAAGUGCCAUGCAGCUGACAGUUGGAUGGUUAUUUGCAUUGCUAUUUUGGGGUACAGGAAUAAGAUCCGUUCCGUCAAUCAACUCAAGGAAUACGUUCUUUAGAGUGAUAGUGCCACAAGGGUUAUGCCACCUAUUUGUUCAUUUGGGUGCCGUGGUAUCAAUGGGUAUUGGGGCUGUAUCCUUUACGCAUGUUGUUAAGGCUGCAGAACCUGUAAUUACAGCCCUCUUUUCAAUCAUAUUUCUUCAAGAGUACCUCAAUACAGCUGCCUAUUUGUCUCUUAUACCCAUCGUUCUCGGAAUUGCGUUAGCAUCUGUGAAGGAAUUACAUUUCAACUGGAUUGCGUUUUGGUUCGCCAUGAUUUCGAAUGCGGGCAGCUCAAUUCGUUCUAUAUUUGCAAAGGUUACCAUGAAAAAUAAGGAUGAAAUAGGCACUAAUCUGAGCACAAGUAACCUUUAUCUUCUAAUGACACUUGUUGCGUCUGUGGCAUCUGUACCACUUGUUUACUUCACAGAAUAUCACAAGUGGGCACCUCUAUGGAUUAAAGCUACUAGUCAUAUGACUGACAAGGAAAAGGUUAUAUUUGUUACUAGAGCCUUCGUAUCAUGUGUAUGCUACUAUCUGUGCAACGAUUUGGCAUUUAUAUGCUUGGGUGAAAUUAAUCAGGUUACACAUGCCAUUGCUAAUACACUGAAAAGAAUCGUGCUAAUUGGCACAGCCAUAAUGGUUUUCAACUAUAGAAUAACGGCUCUUGGCUACCUUGGCAUCACAAUCGCAAUUUCUGGAACUUUCUCAUAUGCUGUUUCCAAAUAG